AUGUACCAAUUUUAUACAAAUAUCGCGAUAAUCCUUCGAGGAUAUCUAAUUAUUUAUUCUCUCAUUGGUUUCACAUGGUUGGUUACGUGCGAUACAAUCUUAAAAGAACCGACUGUGCUAAUUGGAGUCCUUGUUAGAAAUAAGGCACACACGUUGCCAUAUUUUCUCAGUUUAUUGGAGCACCAAGAUUACCCAAAGAAGCGAAUAAGUUUUUGGAUACGCAGCGAUAACAAUGUUGACAAUUCGAUCGAGAUUUUGAACAAAUGGAUCAGUUCGAGGAGGAAGAUGUAUCAUUCGAUGAAUGUUCACUUGAAUGCAUCGUCGACAGGUUUCGAAGACGAGAGAUCGAUCGUCGAUUGGUCACCUCGCAGAUUUGCGCAUAUAAUAGGUUUGCGUGAACGAGCGCUUGAUUAUGCGAAAGAAAUAUGGGCAGAUUUUAUUUUGAUGCUGGAUGCCGACGUUUUUUUGACCAAUCCAAGCACUAUUCGUAAUUUGAUAGAUAAGGGACACACUGUUGUUGCGCCUUUAUUGAGGUCGGACGGCAUGUAUAGCAAUUUUUGGGCCGGAAUGACGGCGGAACAUUAUUAUUUGCGAACGGAACUCUACGAACCGAUCCUAUUUCGCGAAAAAAUUGGUUGCCACAACGUGCCUAUGAUUCAUAGUGCGGUACUCAUAGAUCUGAGAAGACGCUACUCCGAUUAUCUCACCUAUAAAGCCGAAAAAUUGGUCGGUUAUGAUGGACCAGUGGACGAUAUCAUAACUUUUGCCAUAGGAGCAAAUAAAUCAGAUGUAUCAUUGUUCGUGUGUAACGACGAUGUUUAUGGUUUUGUUAUGGUGCCUUUGGAGAAUGAUGAGACUAUCGCAGAAGAUAUGCAACGGUUGACUAAUACUAAGGUGGAAAUGUUAGCAUUUAGCGAUUAUUUGCCAUUGUUGGAUGAUUUAAAAGAAUUCGUGAUAUAUCCGGAGAAAGACACUCUAGGUCUGGAUCAUAUUUAUAUGAUAAAUCUGUUAAGAAGACCAGAGAGACGUAGAAGGAUGCAGAGACUUUUCCAAGAACUCGGCAUUGAAGCGGAAAUUAUAGAUGCUGUGGAUGGUAGGACUUUGAACGAGAGUUUCCUAAAGAAAUGGGGCGUGAUACCGAUGUCCGAAUAUUCGGAUCCUUAUCAUAAAAGACCAAUGACAAUGGGCGAGAUUGGCUGUUUUUUGAGUCACUACAUCAUAUGGCAAAAGAUACUAGAGCACGGUUACAAAAACGUUAUGGUAUUGGAGGAUGAUGUUCGCUUUGAGCCAUUUUUUCGAGAGAAAGUCGAUUACGUUUUGGCGGAAUUGUCUAAUCUCAGACUUGAAUGGGAUUUGAUAUAUAUGGGAAGAAAAAAGUUGGUAAAAUCAGAAAAUCUAGUGGAAGGAUCUAAAUUCCUGGUACAAGCAGGAUACAGUUACUGGACUCUUGGUUACAUCUUGUCGGAAAACGGAGCAAAGAAACUGAUCGAUGCUAUGCCUCUCGGGAAAUUAAUUCCUGUUGACGAAUUCCUUCCCAUUCUUUCGGACAAGCAUCCUGAGAAACAAUGGGCGUCUCAAUUUCCUACUCGAGAUUUGAUUAUCUUAUCUACCAAUCCACUUUUAAUUUAUCCGUCGCAUUACACCGGUGAGGAUGGACACAUUAGCGAUACGGAAGACUCGAAACUUGUGCAUAAUACUUUUACGCCUAUAGAUAAUUUGGAAAGUAGAGAAGAACUAUAAUUAAAGAGAAACCAUAAGAUAAAAAAAAAUAGCAAUUUGUCUAGUCGAUAAAAUUUGCCAAUAAUCCAUUUUAUAUUAACAACAAAUUAAAAAAAUUUUUAACGUAAAUACUUAUACUGCCAUUACAUUGCCAUAUAUCAUUAAUUUGUAGUUUAUAAUUGAUUAGUGUAUAAAAUGGAGCCAUUUUAAUGCCAGUUUUUUUAUUAUUAUACAAACAACAAUAGUAAUGCAGUGGCGAAAGUAAAUACCUCCCUGCGUUGAUCUUACCUCGCCACGCACUUAUACUAAGCUCAAACGAUUCAAAGAUAUUUAGGAAUUAAUUUCUUGUUAAUUAUUGCGAAAAUUGUAAAUUUAUACAGGACUUUUUUAUUCAAUUCAGCCUAUCUAUGAGAAAUGAUGUAGUCGUUAUCAGACAUUCAUAUAUCUAUGUACAGAA